GAUUCACAGAGUCGACUCCCUCCGAGUGAGUCACUCGCGGCUAACGUGACUCGCUGCUGCUAUAUGCGAUUCACGGGGGAAAGAUGGUCGCGAGUACCCGUGUACAGAAGCUCCUUAGACGGUAUAAACUCGCAAUCGCGGCCGGUUUAACGAUCUUGCUGAUCCAGGGACUGGUGGUAUGGAGCCUGCGGAGUCUUGAGGAGGGAGAGGCUGAGCGGAAACACAGGCGGUCGAAGUUGCCCGACCACAAUGGGCAGGAGCAGAAGAUGGACCCUGUGGCCUUUGAGAGGCAAAACUCCCUGUCGGGGGCGAACCAUGGCCAGCCGAGGCAGCACCAGGAUCAGCCUGCCGUCACCACCAUUAUCAGAAGGGGGUCUAGAUGGAGAAACAAGCCCUCUUUGAAGGACAAGAAUCUGGGCGGGCCGGAAGAUGGAGUGGUGGUAGAAAAAGCCGCUCAUUAUGAUCCCUCGAGCAGCCGUAACUUCAGCGAAUCACGGGCAGGGGAAAUGGCCAAAAUCCAUCUAGUAGCACCUGGAGAGCCGGGCAGCGUUGAGGGUGCUCCUCAAGUCCCAAACAGUGACUUUGUGCCCAAAUGUGAGAUCUCGGGCAAGGACGCCCUGUCUGCCCUCCACCGUGCAGGUUCACGGCAGUGCAGACAGGAGAUCGCCAACAUCGUGUGCCAGCACCAAGCAGGACAGCUCAUGCCUCAGUCUCUGCCUCAGUUUUGCCCACAGCAUGUGAUCUCCAGUGCGGUCCAGCAUGCAGAUUUCACUGUCACUGACCUCUCCAAGGUGGAGAACCCAGUCAGGGUGGUUUUCAUGCUGGUGGUUCAUGGACGAGCAGUCCGACAGUUGAAACGUCUCCUCAAAGCCAUCUAUCACAAAGACCACUUUUAUUACAUCCAUGUGGACAAGCGUUCAAACUACAUGCACCGGGAGGUGCUGCAGAUGGCGGAGCUCUACCCCAAUGUGAGAGCUACACCCUGGCGCAUGGUCACCAUCUGGGGCGGGGCCAGUCUGCUGAAGGCCUACCUGCACAGCAUGCAUGACCUUCUGUCCAUGCUGGACUGGAAAUGGGAUUUCUUCAUCAACCUCAGUGCCACCGACUUCCCCACCAGGACCAACGAUGAGCUUGUGGCUUUUCUCUCCCAGAACCGUGACAAGAACUUCCUGAAGUCUCACGGCAGAGAGAACGCAAGGUUCAUUAAGAAGCAGGGUUUGGACCGCCUGUUCCACGAAUGUGACAACCACAUGUGGCGUCUAGGCGAGCGCACCAUCCCCGAGGGGUUGGAGGUGUCAGGAGGCUCGGACUGGUUCUCCCUCACGCGCAAGUUUGUGGAGUAUGUGGUAAACUCAAAGGACGAGCUGGUGACGGGGCUCAAGCAGUUUUACACCUACGCUCUUCUGCCUGCUGAGUCUUUCUUUCACACAGUGUUGGGAAACAGCCACAUGUGCGAUACUUUGGUUGACAAUAAUCUGCGUGUGACCAACUGGAACCGGAAAUUGGGCUGCAAGUGCCAGUAUAAGCACAUUGUGGACUGGUGCGGCUGUUCACCAAAUGACUUCAAACCCUCAGAACUCAUCAGAAUACAGCAACUAACACGGCCCACGUUCUUCGCACGUAAGUUUGAGUCCACAGUGAACCAGGAGUCUAUUGAGAUUUUGGACAAUCAUCUGUAUGGGCAGUACCCUCCGGGCACAGUGGCACUGAAAGCGUACUGGGAGAGCCUAUUCGAGCAGGCUGAUGGGGUCUCGUCCCUCAAUGAUGUGGCCCUCACGGCAUACUCCUCCUUCUUUAGACUGGGCCUCCAUAAGCGGGAGACCACUCAAAGCAGUUCUGAGGCCUGCAGGUUUGAACCAAUUGGCUACCCCGUCUCUGUGCACCUCUAUUUUUAUGAUGACCGUUUCCAGGGUUACCUGGUCAGGCAGGAGGUGCAGAAUGUGGUGACCAGGUCCCGUGAAAUGCUGGAGGUGUGGGCUGUUCCUCAAGCAACUCUGCAGCUGGAACACAACCUUCAUGAGUUUGAGCGCCUCAAACACCUGGAGGUCGGAACCGAGUGGGACCCAAAGGAGCGAAUCUUCCGUAACUUCGGUGGUGUGAUGGGACCUCUAGACGAGCCGGUGGCAGUUCAGAAGUGGGUUCGUGGACCCAACCUGACAGCCACCAUAGUGUGGAUUGACCCAGCACACAUAGUAGCAGCUUCCUAUGACAUCAGCAUAGAUGUUGAGGCAGAGUUUACGCAAUACAAGCCACCGCUUCAGCGCCCCCUCAGGCCUGGAGUGUGGACGGUGCGUGUGCUGCGGUUGUGGGAGCGUGUAGCUGAAGCUCGGUUUCUGGUCAUGCCUCUGGCCUUCAAGGGACGUGAGCCCCUGCGCACAGAAGACCAUGGUUGGGUACACGCAGGUCCACCAGGUAACGUGUAUUUGGAGCAAAGCUUCCAGCAGCUCGCCCACGUGUUGAAGCUGCCGCCCAGUGAGCCCGCCCUGCAGGAGGCGCAGAAGAAGACCUCCCUGGUGGGGAAGCCACUGGAGGCCUGGGUGGACAGCUCUGUCGGGGCAUUCUGGGUCACGGGAGACAUUUGCUCUGAGCAGACCUCCUCCUGUCCCACCAUAGGGCUCUGCACCAAGACCUCUUGGAGUUCCUUGUCCUCGGACCCCAAAUCAGAACUGGGGCCAGUCAAAAAAGACGGUCGCAUUAGGUAGCCUUGCAAACUCGAACAAAUGGAGCAGUGUACCGAAGGCCCUGAAGAACAGUCCACAAGAGUGAUGUUUACGACUCGAGGUCUUUAAGACCAUCCCAUUACUAGUCAAGGCACCUUCUGUUGAGGGCGGGAACUGGUUGAGGGUGAAUCUACGAGAGAAAAAAACGUUUAAAUUUGCACAAGAAGACUGCCAGAAGUGGACAUGUGUGAGUCUUGCUUUUAUAAAUCAAUGUUCAGAUGUCAUCUAAAUGCGUUGUUACAAGGUUCGGAGUCUUAUUAGCACAUAGUUUACGGUGUGGGUUUAUGAUACAAAGACCCAAAUCUCAACGAUUUUACACUUUUAUUCUUUGUUACGAAAAAAAACUGUGCACAUUAUUUUCCUCUGUAAAACAGUGGUCAAAAUUGGUAUUUGAAGCUGUUGGAGGCAAGUGGCUGGAGUCCUCUGGCUGUAUCGCUAUGCUUAUUUUGAAGCAUUAAUAUCAAAACUUCAGAAGCAGAUUGAAGAAGUGCACUUUACUGUAAGACAAAGCUCCCCCUGAUUGGCUGUCUCAGCAGAGGAGGCGGAGCUUGUUGAAUCGUCAUGAAUUUCUGCCAAUGGAUUGAUACGUUCUCUCACUUGACGUGAUUCAGCUGCUCGGAGACGCAGCACUGCAUGGAAUCAUCGCAUACAGCAACAAAACAAACACUUAACGAACGCCGUCCGUCAGGAAACAAGAGUCUGAGUUUCGUAAUACUGUGACUUUAUGUCAUCGUUGAAUAUCCUUUGAGUUGAAAAACGCCUCAUCUGGAGGACCUGCUUCGUCCGUUACUACAGCGUUUGCUCAGCCACACACAAAUCGCAAAGUACGAGGACGUGGAUUGAAAUAUUUGAGACUGCCUGAAGAUCUGACCCUGCUGAAGAUCAGUCCGUGAUCUGUCGCUCAUACAUACACUUGUGCUUGUAUAUCGUGUUACAAUAUUUCACACUUAAUUCUGGUCUUCCACGAGUUUGGUUCUCAACUACGAAUAAUUUUUAACACUCUUUCUUGAACUGAAACUGGUGUAGAACAACACAAGAGCUGGAGACUUCAGUUACACUAGCUGCUCCAAUGUACACAUGAUUUAAAGGAAUAUUUCACAUAAUCAUGUCAAUCUUUUUGACUUUCUUCUGUGGAACACAAAAGAAGACUUUACAAGUAAUGGUCAGAUGAUUGCAUGAAUGGAAAUGACUUGAGUCUUGAGAAACAAAGUUAUUCUCUGAAAAUCUCCCCCUCCUCUAUAUCUUCCAUUUCCAUAUUUAAAGCUACCACUCUAUGUAAAAUUAUGAGACGCAAGAGCCAAUGACAUUUGGUGUCACUGGAUGGAAACCCGUCAAAAUAUCUUUUAGUUUUCUUAAAGCGCACAUUUCUGAAAAUUAAGCUAAAAAUCGAAUGCUUCCAUCUGUGUUUAGUUUAUGCACAUAUCACCCGUUUCCAUUGAGGAUUGCAAAAUUUGCAUUGAAAACCCAGCAGUCAAUGUCAAAACAAACCGCCAAGAUUGAACAUGCAAAAAUGCAAGAUUUCAGAGUUAUGAUGGAGAGGGCUAUUUUCAGUCAGCAACUUAGUUCAACCAAAAAUGAAAACUCUUGUCAUCAUUUACUCGCCCUCAUGAUGUUCCAAAGCUUUAAGACUUUGGUUUAUCUUUGAAACACAAAUGCAUUUUUAAUGAAACCUGAAAGAUUUUUGUUAAUCCACUGACAGUCCAUUCAACCAAAAUCAAACCACUUCCGCAUUGAUCUCCGAUACAUGUUUAAGGGAGAAAUGCACUCCGUAAUGCAUUCUUACUGAUUUCUUUCAGCUGUGGUAUCCAAAACAUUCACACGUUAGCACCAUCUUGAAAAAUAAACCAAACCCUAUAGCAAAAUCAGCUAUAUAACGUAUAAUAACAUUUUUCAUACAUUGUUUUUUUGCACACACAAAACAAAUAAAAUUGGGAUUAUACCACUGCAGUCACUGGGAUUACUUUUAUGAUGCCUUUAAUUACCUUUUUGAAGCUUGAAAGUGUUGGUUGAAUGGAACUUCAAUGGAGGUUUCAUUAAAAAUAUCUUCAUUUGUGUUUUGAAGAUGAAUUAAAGUCAUACAAGUGUGGAAUGACGUAAGUUAAUAUUCUAAUUUUGAGUGAGCUUCAGUCUGUUCCCCACACAAAGCUAUCGUAUAGCUUCAGAAGAUUUAAAAUGGUGUGCAUGAGUCAAAUAGACUUGAGGUAUUUUUGUGCUUUUUAGAGCUUCAGCAGCUUUUACGUUCUGCUUCUUUUUAUGUUCCACUGAAGAAAGAAAGUCAUUCGGGUUUUGGCACAUGAUAACAGAAUUAAAAUUUUUUGGAGUGAGCUGUCCCUUUAAAUUCAGAAUACAGUUCAGAUUGGAAAAGAUCAGUCUCUGUUUUAAUGUCAUAGCUGGUUGUUACUGUUUUUAACCACCCACGUUUGUCCAUUUAUGUGUGCUGUUUUGCUUUCUCGCCUUCCAAUGAUGACACUAGGAAGCAUAAGUUCAAACAAAUGUGUCUUGUGCGACAUGCUGCUUUUAUUUGGCAUAUACAAUGCUUCUUUUACGGUAGAUUUUAAGUGCCCCGUGUUUCAAAGGGGCUGUUUCAGGUUCAGAAAACUCUAUUCUUUUGUGUUUUAGGUUUAAAGUGUCCUUUUUCUCUUCAUGUAUGUGCUUCGGUGAAGCUUUUGCGGUAUCAAAAGAAAUAAGUGAAAUUGGGAUAUAGAGAACGAAUGUCUGAAUGAAUGCUGUUUUUGUAUUUAAAGUCAUAUUUUAACCUGUCUGUGAGAACUUGAGAAUGCUGCUUCAGCUUUUGUUUUACGUUCAUCAUUAGUCUCACCGGGUCUCUGUGGGGUGUGAACACCAGUCUUAAACUGAAAGUUCGAGACACAUUGAACCCGAGCCUUUUUAGGGCCGAUGGGCAGCAACAGAUGACACAUGAUGGCACAAUAAAGAUGUGAAAUCAA